AUGAGUCUUUCUAUCGUAUCGCAAAAUAAAGUGUUCUCUGGCUUGCUCACCAAGUACUCGUUCCUAUCGAGCGUGCUAGGCGGCCUCGAGGCCAAGAUGAACGUAUUUGUACCGAAGGAGGCGAGUGCGUCGAACAAGGUGCCCGUGCUGUACUACCUUUCGGGCCUCACAUGCACCGAGGACAAUGCAGCUCAAAAGGGCCACCUAUUCGAGGCAGCUUCCCAGAAGCAGAUCGCUAUCGUAUUUCCUGACACGAGUCCGCGUGGCGCCAACAUUCCCGGCGAAAACGAUAGCUGGGACUUUGGCACGGGCGCGGGCUUUUACGUGAAUGCGACGCGUGAGCCUUGGAGCAAGCACUACAACAUGUAUGAUCACGUUCUGAAAGAAAUUCCCGACGUCAUUGCCAAGAAUGAGAUCCCUAUCGACGUUUCGCGCGCUUCUAUCCUCGGUCACUCCAUGGGUGGCCACGGUGCCCUGGUCCUCUAUCUGCGCGAACAGGGCACAUUCCGCUCGGCGUCGGCAUUUGCGCCUAUUUGCCACCCAACCAACUGCGACACGGGCAAAAAGAUGAUCCAGGGGUACUUGGCAGGCGGCAUCGACGAGGGAAAACAGUACGACGCUAGUAUUUUGUUGAGCCAGCAGGACAAGACCCGCCCCCUGCAGAUUCUCGUGGACUGCGGUCUGGCAGACAACUUUUACCAGCAGCAGCAACUGCAGCCAGAGGCGCUCGUCGAUGCUGCUUUCAAGAGCGGUGUAGACACCUCGCGCAUUCAGCUUCGGCUGCAUGAAGGUUAUGACCACAGCUGUACGUAUGAGCAGACUAACAUGAGAUUACUUUGUGAGCACCUUUGCUGCUGA